AUGGUCGACCGUCUCAAGCAAUUGACCUUCCAGGUCAGCGCCACGGCCCCCCCUCCGCACCCCUUCGACCCCCUAAGCACAACCGAGAUUGAUACAACGGUGGCUCUGAUUCGGGCAAAAUAUGCCCCCAUCAACUUCAAUGCCGUGUCCCUGUACGAGCCCCGCAAGCUGGAGAUGCUGGCAUGGCUCGAGAAGCCGGAGGUAGCGCCCCGUCCAGCUCGUUGCGCCGAGGUCGUUUGCAUUGCACCGCAAGGCAAAGUUUAUGAUGGCAUUGUCAAUCUCGACAAGAAAGAGAUCGUGGAGUGGCAGCACACCCCUGGUGUUCAGCCUAUCAUUACGAUGGAGGAGCUCCAAGAGGUCGAGUAUGUAGUGCGCAAGGACCCCAAGGUCAUUGAACAGUGCGGCAUUUUGGGCAUCGCACCGGAAGAGAUGCAUAAAGUUUACUGCGAUCCAUGGACAAUUGGUUACGAUGAACGUUUUGGAAGCAAUGUCCGCCUGCAACAGGCUUUGAUGUACUACCGACCACAUGUUGACGACUCUCAAUACGGUUACCCUCUUGAUUUCUGCCCCAUCUACAAUGCAGAGACCAAGAGCAUUAUACACAUUGAUAUUCCAACUGUACGUCGACCACUCAGCAAGGCCGCUCCAAACAACUACCACGUCAAAUCAGUGGAGGAAGCCGGCGGAUAUCGCACGGAUCUGAAACCCAUCAAUAUUACUCAGCCUGAAGGUGUUUCAUUCAAAGUGGACGGACGAGUUAUUGACUGGCAAAAAUGGAAUAUCCAUGUUGGGUUCAACUACCGAGAGGGCAUUGUUCUGAAUAACAUCACAUUUAAUGACAAGGGUGUCAUUCGCCCUAUCAUGUAUCGUCUGUCCUUGGCCGAGAUGGUGGUGCCAUAUGGUAAUCCAGAGCAUCCUCACCAACGCAAGCACGCUUUUGACUUGGGCGAAUAUGGUGGUGGCUAUAUGACCAACAGUCUGUCACUUGGUUGUGAUUGCAAGGGUGCCAUUCACUACAUGGAUGCUGCCUUUGUCAACAGAGCAGGCGCUAGUACUGUGAUUAAGAAUGCCAUUUGUAUUCACGAAGAAGAUGCGGGAAUCCUGUUCAAACAUACUGAUUUCCGCGAUGACUCAACCAUUGUCACUCGCGGUCGGAAGCUUAUCAUCUCGCAUAUAUUCACUGCGGCCAACUAUGAAUACUGCGUCUACUGGAUCUUCCACCUUGAUGGCACGAUACAGUUGGAUGUUAAGCUGACCGGUAUUCUCAACACAUACUCCAUCAACCCUGGGGAGGAUACUCGUGGAUGGGGAACUGAGGUAUACCCCGGAGUCAACGCUCACAACCACCAACACCUCUUCUGUCUACGUGUGGAUCCGCAAAUCGAUGGUCAGGACAACACCGUCUUCCAAGUGGACGCUGUUCAAGGACCUGGCGAAGUUGGCAGUGCUGAAAACAAGUAUGGCAAUGCUUUUUAUGCAAAGAAGACCAAAUUCACCACCCCUAUCGAGGCCAUGUCGGAUUACAAUGGAGCCACCAGCCGAACUUGGGAGAUUGCAAACACCAAUAAGUUGAACCCCUAUAGCAAGAAACCUGUGAGCUACAAACUUGUCAGCCGCGAGGUUCCGCCGUUGCUGCCAAAAGCAGGUGGUCUAGUAUGGAAACGCGCUGGUUUCGCUCGUCAUGCAGUUCACGUCACCAAGUAUGCGGACGACCAGAUCCACCCAGCCGGUCGUCAUGUGCCGCAGACAUCUGGCGAGCCAUCAAUGGGCUUGCCCAUGUGGAUUGAACAAGCCGGAUCCAACUCUAUCGACAACACCGAUAUCGUGCUAUGGCACACAUUCGGUCUUACCCAUUUCCCAUCCCCUGAAGACUUCCCUGUCAUGCCCGCUGAGCCUAUGACAUUACUGUUACGACCACGGAACUUCUUUGACCGUAACCCGGUCCUCGAUGUCCCGCCAAGUUAUGCUCGUACACCAUCACAAGUUGCUGCAGGGACGUCAGGAUGUGGAUGUAAUUCCAAACCAAAGGGUGAUGGAACUAGUGUGUUGGUCUAG